UGAUUGAUUGGCUGUGGUGUGGUUUGCUUCGCAAAUCGCGGACGUUGCGUGAAUCAAUUUACGGAAACCCGAAGAAAAAUAAACAAAUUUAUUUUUAAAAGCACCGAAAGGAGUUCGAAUGAGAUAUGUUCCCGCCGACGUUGAUACGAAGCUGCCUCCCAGUUAUAAAUCCGAUGCUGAAACGGCGUCCGCACUGUCCGUUUCGUCAAACUUCUACUCUGCAUAGCCAUCAACACCAAACAAAGACUUCGAACACUCUACAGAAGACGAGAUGGAUGAAUCUCAGGACUAUAAUAACUCGCUGGGUGCCUCUAGGCAGCGUUAUGUACGUGGGUUGGUGCUACAUACGAGCUAGUAUCAACUACGAGGUUUCCAAGGUUGAAAUCCGCUUUUACGAAAUGUUUCCUUUUCGUAUAACCAGUCGACUGUGGGGACACAUCGCUGCUUGUGAAUUGCCAACUUCAGUAAGGAACUUCGUGUACGGGACAUACGUGAGAAUGUUUAAUGUUAAUUUGAGCGAUGCUGCCGUGAGUGAUCUACGGUAUUAUAAAAGUUUAUCCGCUUUUUUUACGCGCGCGCUGCGCGAUGGAGCGCGGUACAUAUCUCCGGCGCCAUGCGUGUCUCCUUGUGAUGGUGUGGUACUCAACUGCGGCCCGGCAGAUACUGACAAGAUAGAGCAGGUGAAAGGAGUCACCUACAGCCUUGAGGAAUUUCUAGGUGACAACAAAUGGUCUCCAAAGAAAGCUGAUAACUAUUACGAGUCAUUGCUCACUGAUAAAAGGAAUAUAUUACAUCAGUGCAUCAUAUACUUGGCUCCUGGUGACUACCACAGAUUCCACUCCCCGUGUGACUGGACGGCGACGUUCCGGAGGCACUUCGCCGGGAAGCUGUUGUCGGUGAAUCCUUGGAUGGCAAAAUUAAUACCAGGUUUGUUUACAAUGAACGAACGAGCCGUUUAUAUAGGUAAAUGGAAACAUGGCUUCUUCAGCAUGACAGCUGUUGGGGCAACGAAUGUGGGUUCGAUAGAGAUCUAUCGCGAUCCUGAAUUACAAACGAAUACGAAAGGAAAACGUAACCGAAUUGACGAACGAGAAUUAGGCACAGUGGAUUUGAAGAAAGGAGAAUUAUUUGGACAGUUUAAUAUGGGCAGUACAAUAAUUUUACUUUUUGAGGCACCACAGGAGUUCAAGUUUGAGUUUGCAGCUGGAGAUCGCGUUCUGGUCGGCGAGGCUCUCACAGCAACUGCGAAGGAGCAUGCAAGAUGACCUGCUUAUGAUGAUUUGGUUCAAUUCGCGCAGUUCGUCCUUAUUUUCUACAUGGUCUCUGUGUUGCUGUGAGCUUAGAGGCUUAUUGUAUAGAUUUGUGUAUGUACAGAGAUGGCAGCCAUAAUAUAGUAUUGUCUUAUUUAUAAAAAAAUUUAACUGCUUGUCAAACAUAUUUUAGUUACAAUAUAAAGAUAUUGUGUGAUAUUGAAUUAAAAUGUACAGUGAAAAGUGACAAAAGUGUCACUUUUCACUGUACAUUUAAAUUUAAAGAACUGUGUAUAAAAAAUAUAAAUAUAUUAGGACAAAUCACACAGAGCUAGCCCCAAAGUAAGUUCGAGACUUGUGUUAUGGGAUACUAACUCAAUGAUACUAUAUUUUAUAACAUAUACAUAUAUAGAUAAACAUCCAAGACCUGGGCCAAUCAGAAAAAGAUCAUUUUUCAUCAUGACCCAACCGGGGAUGGAACCUGGACCUCUCGGUUCAGAGGCAAGCACUUUACCACUGCGCCACCGAAGUCGUUAAAAAAGUUUAGCUAUUACCUAAAAUAGUUCUUACAAGCAGUAAUUUUUUUUUUAAUAAGAAAUUAAAUGUCUCCUUUUUGUAAAUUAUAGCCUUAAGUUAUAGUAGCAAUGAAUAUCUUAUGCCGAUCAGAAAAUAAUCAAAUUAUAUAUUUCUGGUCAUUGCUGCAAAGAGGUUAGUAUGCUGGGAAAGUGUUAAUUGUUAAUCAUGUAUAAAAUAAGUACAACAAGCCUAUAAAUUAAUCCAAAAUAAUUCAGUUAGUUGGCUUUUAAAUUUAUAUAAAAGUUGUAUUUUUUCAAAGAAACUAUUUGUGGCUGUUAUAUAAUUGCUACUCUUAUAGGAAAAUUGUCGUAAUAUUCCAAUUACGUAACCAAUUAAAUAAUGACAAUUUCGGCUUAGUGAUCAUCUAUGUCUAAGCUAAACAAUGGCGGAUCCAGAGUUUAUUUCUGGGAGGGGCUGAAGGAAAAAAUCACACUAGCUGUUAGGAAUAAACUCUUGUGUUUAUAGAAAGGUUUUGUAAUGUAUCAGUACAAUAGAAAAAUUACAUUUUUAAUAACAGUUACUUUUUAUGUUUUCACAUAUAUGUACAUAGCUGGCUGGUUUGUUUAGUGUUCAUACUGUGUUGUUACCUCUUCGCGAAUACGCCAUUGAAUAUAAUAAAUCAGAAGUAUCUCUUUCUCUCAUCUUCGUGUGUUCCCGCUUACAUUCGGAGCUGUGACGCCCCAAAGCCCAGAAUUCGCGUAAAAAAAUAACCAUUACAUUUUGAAGAUUUGGUCUAUGAUUUUACAAUCGGCCGCCUGACGUCAACCCUCUGUGGGAAAGUUAUUGUUGCCUUUUGUCCUAUAGUCGCCUCGUACGACAUCCACGGGAGGAUAUUGAGUGGUCCUUUUCUAGGGCGGGACCACAAAUCUCAAUAAAUUAGAAGCUAUACUAUAUUGCUAUACCUUGGAACUGCUUGUCCUAUUUCAAAAAUAGCUGAGUAUCAUACAUAGCUGAAUUAUCUGUUGCUGAAAUUAGCUCUCUACCAACUAUCUCCAUACCAAAAAUCAUCUCAAUACAAUGCUCUGUUCAGACGUGAUAAAGAAACAAAGAAACACACUUUCAUAUUUAUGAUAUUAGGUAGGUUAUAAGUUACAAGGAAUCUUGUAAUUUCCUCGAGCGCAACUGCGAGGUCCUAUUCAGUUCAUAAUUUAUGAAUCAUUCUAGCUGAUAAAAAAUAAUAAUAUCCAUAAAACUAGCUCGUGAACUAAGAUUUUAAAACUUUAAUGUUGAAGCGAUAAAUUAUGUGCAUUAAACUUAUGUUUAUGCAACACUGCGCUGUAUUUUAUGCAAUUAUGAUCACACUAGCGAUUUCACCCUAUACGGCCUUUCUUUUGGCUUCAAUAUACGGGGUUACUGGUAUCUAACACAUAACCUUCCAAAGGCGCAUAAGGUACAUAGAGACUUAACAUCUUUUGUUCUACGACUUUUGUCUAAACGUAAUACAUACAAAAAAAUAUCCCUUUUUUAGUUGUAAUGCCGUUUCUAAACAACUAAAACUCUAUGUUCGAUUCCGUUACAUAACGCUACUGUACUGUCUCGGGUUGCUUGGAUAUUACAUCCAGUUAAGAUGUGUAGAGUCGCGAAGUAGAUUGUAUAUUGAUUGUUAUUAUAUAAAAAAAAAAAUACAAAUCACGAAAAGUCGUAGAAAGUUGCUUUUUUCCCACAGAUAUAAAAACAUUACAUUGAAGCUUUUUUGAUAUACCCAAGUCUGGUAAUAACUACCCAAGUACUGGUUACUGGAGGUUUUGCGAUUGAUACCAGUAAUCCUGUAUAUCUCUUCUAUACGGAAAGCUUUCUGUGUGUUUGUAAAUAAUAAACACAACUGAUUUAAAAAUAUAGUUACCUAAAUGUCAAUAAUUCUUGUUACUAUAAAUACACACCAAAUCCGUCCAAUUCAGUAGUAGAGGCCACCCCUGACCUGACUAUGGGCUUCGCGGCUUCACAACCUCGGGAACAUGUAGAGUUGAGAGAGAGAUAAUAAAAAUAAUUGGUUUCCAAGAAUUACUUAAAUUAUAACUCAUAACUGUACCUUUUCUUCUAUGAACACCGUGAUUUUUUUAUGUGUUAAUAGAUUGUUACAAUCACUAUAAUGUUUACUGUUUGCCGAUACAUAGGUACACCUCUGGACCUAAUUCCGGCUAUACAGUACCUAUCGGCAAACAGUUUGUCUCAUUUUGCGGUUUCCACGUACAAGUUAUCCUGCAUGGAACUUUACGCCGCGGCAACACGGGCACUAAUAUUUGCACUGAUUUCGACUAGUUUGAUAUGCUGUUGACUGUACAUUGCUGGGGGCUUACCAUCAUCUUUUGACGAGAUCCACUUUGAGAACUAAAUUUCAUCGCAAAUUCGUACCAUCGAGUAAUUUUUAAUAUGAAUGCGAUUACUAAAUUGAACUGAGUUGCAUUGGAAUCGUUCCGUAAAAGUUGAUGGUAGGGCGGCGGGUCUCUCUCAUUUAUAGAAACCUCGCAAUGUUUAGCCGACUAGAGUCCCCGCCAUGGUAGAAGCGCUACAUCCGCUGACUACAACAACGGUCGAUUUUAAUUGAUGGUCAUGUUACGUGGCGCGAACUCAAAUCUUCACUUUUUAAUUUUAUAGCUCCAUCGUUUAGCCAAACGAUGAAUUUGCCAAAGUCUCAAGCUUGAAUUUUAGUAUAAAUAUGUUUUCUCUCGUUGAUUCAAUGUGAAUAACUUGAUAUAGGGAUAAAACAUAUUUUAGCAUAGAUUCUAACUUUAUAAAUAAGAGUGUAUUGUGUGAUAUAACUUCACUAUGUUCAUUGUGUGGUCACCAGAGAGUAGAUAGCUUCAAUAAAUUGGCUGCUUUCUCGCGUGCAAUAGUAUUAAUUAUGUGUACCUACAUAAAUGUAAUUUAUUUUCGUAAUGACCAUUGCCUUAGUUGUAAGAUAGACGAGAAUGCUAGGCUGUUGUAUGAAAAAGAGGGUAAUAUUUUAUCUAGAACGUUAAAAUUAAAAAAUAAAACAUACUACCUCCGUUAUAUGAAAAAAAAUAAUUUAUUGAUCCAUUAAAAAUAUAUAUGACAUUUUAGUUCAAAUUUAUUAUUUAUAUAAUACGUUUCUAUGGCAUGUCACAUAACAACACGAUUUAAAAAAGUUAAACUUCAUUAAAAAAAAAGCGUGUAGAAUCUCUUUCUUAAAAAAAAAAACAUGUGUUUCACAGUUAUUAGAUAACUUAUUUACAUUGCCUUGAUAUGUUUACAAUUCAAUUUUAGACUUUGUCACAUUGAAAUAAGAACGAUGUGUAUAUUAAAGAAUUUGAUCGUACAUUGCUAUGUCAAGAGGCACCUAUUUCUGAUGACAGUGUCUUAAUAGUUUUACAAUAGUAAUGUUUUAAUAAUAAUGACUUAACACGUGCAGAAUCUGUACCUAGGUCGGUAGUGUAUAUGAUACACUAAAUACUACUUUAAAUAAAACAUUUCUUCAAAGGGCUGGGCCCUUUUAAAAUGCAAAUAAAGCGAUUUCAUAACAAAAAUUUGAGAUAGCAGUACAUUGCCAUAUAAUACAAGUAUUUGUCGUUUGCUUUGUGACUGACCAAUGCACCUGUUAUUGAUAAGUAUAAAUUUUUGCUUCCUUCAAUAUAACAGCCUAUGAGUGAAUGUUAUUUUGUAAAAGUGUUUAAUAAUUAAAUAUAUUUAUGUGUUAAAACCUGGUAGAAUUUUAUAAUGCAAACAUGUGAUCGAAAA